AUGAGGAGGUUGCUAAUUAGCAUUACGAUAUGGUGUUUACUUGACACUACAGAAGGACAAGUUCCAAAACCAGCGAUUCGAGUUCGGUUGAACAAAGGAGUUUUCGAGCAGGCUUCAACAAUUGUGGCUGGAUUGGUGGAAUACGAAGUGCCUCGAAUAAAGGUGCCUCCCACACAGCAGUGCUUUACGGAAGGAUGCGUGCAGAUACAUUCGUUCCACAUGACAUCAUUCCGACAGCCAGCCUCAACCACAAUGGGCCCGCAUCCGCCGAAUCAGUUUGUCAUCAGAGUCACAGAUUUCGAUUUUUUUGUGAUGGGACAAUUAGGAGGUACAAUCACAGUUCUCAUACAACUGCCUGUAGCAGGAACUGUUCAUAUCACGGGAAUGCGAGUUUCGGUAGCAGCCUUCUUCGACAUACAAAAGUCAGUGAACGAUGAGCCGUACAUGCGUAUGCUGAAUUGCCAAAUAGAUGGCGGCAUUAUUGAGACGAGAGUUGCGAACAUGGGCCUGAUCACGGAAACUGUGAACACCAAGUAUCGGGAAGCGAUGUCUGCACAAUCGAAACGUCAGCUGGAAGAAGCCAUCUGUGAGAAUAUGUAUCGGCUCACACAGCAGCAUUUUUCCAGCAGAAUAUCCAAGUUGCCACCUCAAAUAUCAGUUCACACACUACUGAAAACUUUCUUAUCGACUGAUGAGAAGCUCGAAGUCACUCCUCAACCAGUGCGACAAAAACGUGCCAGCAGUGAUGAUUACUAUGACGAUAUUGAAAAGACUGAGAAGAAACCUACAAUCAAUAGAGGGUCUUCGAAUGGCAGUCCAAUAGACAGGAGUCGACCACUGGGAGCAGCACAGAAGAUCACCUUCACCUCACGAGAUGUCAAUCGCUUCUUUAAUGUGGAUAGACUCCGACAUAUGAUGAUCGACUUGACCUUACUUGACGCUAGUGCUACCCGUGAAGAUUUUACAGUUGGUAUGUCUGGUCGAUUGUCCAGCACCAAAAUAGGUGAUGGUUCACCAUUUCACGUGCCAUUUCCAUUUCGAGUCCCACAAAAUCACAAUCGUCGAAUGGCUGAAAUCGUUAUUUCUGAGUACUCUGUCAAUAGCAUGCUCUAUUUCGCUCACAGGACGAAUUCGCUUCUUUUCCAUGUGGAUUCGCACUCUCCUGGUGUCGGAUCUCUGUUGAAAACGACGUGCACCGCUGAUGAAGUUUGCUUGUCGGAUCAAGUAGAGGAGGUUGGAAGGGAAUAUCCUGGCCAGAGUUUGGAACUCAUCAUUCGCACAACUAGCCCUCCAAUAAUGGCUUUCCGAAAAGAUGUUGUCAAACUAUACAUGGAAGGACGAUGUCUCUUCUUCUUGGAAGGUACUCGACAAAAAGUCGGUGUCAUUCCAUUUACGACAGAGGUGGAGCUAUUUCUGCAGACAGUGGGAAAUCAUUUGAAAGGUCGAGUGUCCAUAGGCAGGUUGACAUUCAACAAUGGCAUCGAGUUCUUCAAAUUGACAGCCGACGAUUUGGAUGGUUUGAGGAAAACUACGAAAACUGCCCUAGAGAAUAUGGCGAAUGCCAUACUCAAUGCUGGAAUUCCUUUAUCGAAUUCUUCUCCAAACUCACCUCUGCGACUCUCUGCCGUCCACGUUUCCGUACAAUCUGGAGUUGUUCUUCUCCAGGCGAAUGUUGAUCUCUACAGUUCCUUCUAUAACCACAAUUGAAUGUAAUCUAGUAGUAUAGU